UCUACUUCAGGAGAGAAACCAAUCGCAGACCGGUACGAACGACUUCAGAGGGCUCUUCUCAUCUCAUGGCGGAAUGUGGCAGACCCAAUGCCCCAACUGUAGCCACACGAUGUUACGAGUAGUUUGUGCCAGACGGAGGUUUGCACCACAGGGUUAACAGGCCGCAUGCUGCAGCUCAGAGACCUGGCGCUAAAUUUAGAAUGAACCUGUAACACUCAGUCUCUUCGGGAAUAUGGUCGUUGCAUCGAACGACAAUCCCACCGCUACUGCAGCUAGACGGAUGUCACGGCAUGGACCUCGUAUUGGAGUUCAGUUUGGAGUCUCGGUGCAGGACGUGAAGGUGUUGGCGAUGCUGAGAUAAUUGUGACCAAGCUUGGUGCUGAUGGACCAGAUGUGAUCCCACUGCCAAGACCCGGCAUUCGCCGCGGUCGCGCCAAUGGUUUGGGCGACCCAAAGACAACUGUCUCGCGCCCCUUUUCCUUUAUUCGUUCGGUCUCAGCGGGAGAGGGUCCAGCGGGCUGACUUGCAUCCCGCAAAAUUCAGCCCACUCGCUCGAGCCACUCGCUCUCGACGUCUAGAUUUUCGUCGCGGAAGAUUCAAUGCUACCAUGGAUGUCUAUAAAAGGUGCCCUGAUCGCUCACCACAGACUCUCAUCCUGCGCCGCCUCUCACUCCUCUCAAGUCACCACCCUCGCUGAACCAUGUUCUCGACCAUCCUAACCAGCCUGUUGGCAUUCUCCGCCUCGGCGACCGCUCGGUCUGUCGAGACGCGAUCCCUCACUCCUCGCUCUAUUACCCCUCCCGAAGGAUGUCCCAUUCCGACAUGGACGGUCGACAACUUCCACUGGUUCAAUGGCUCCCAUAGCUUGGAUUGCAUCCACAGCGAGGUCGACAAGAAUGCGAAGGGCUGUCUCUGUGGCCGGGACUGGUGCGAGCCCAACCCGGACACGUGCAAUGGCACCAUGGUCAACGUGUGCUAUACAGGCAUGCCCAACUACCAGCCCUGGGGCUACGGCCCUCCCCAGACACUGGCGAUCGAUUUUGAGGAUGGCCUGCACUGCGGUGAUACCUACAUCGGCUACCGGAUUCACGACAUUGCACAUGGUGAGUCCAACUGCGGAUAUGCAGACCGCAGCCUGGGCCGGAUCGUCUCGUUCUACGGCAGCUCUAACGAGGCGACAUCGACUGGUCAUAUGGACUACGUGUUGGGCGGUGGCCAUGCGCUGGAGUGUGCCAAUGGUAGCAAGAUUACCUACUCCGGCAGCACCGAUUUCACCUUGAACUGCGUGCAUGAUGAGUUCUUCAAUGCGACUUGCACUGCCGAGCCCUUUGAGGUUCCCGUGCUUAGUUACUCCUGGGUUAACUAAAUUCUCGCGGGGAGCUUCCCUUGUUGCCGUGGGCCCCUCUACCCCUCGCAGCGGCGUGGCAAUUGUGAUAGGUUCCAACUGGUCGCACUGAUAUCGGAGACCUUCCGUGGUUAUGUUACAUCCCGCGGCGUGGUUGUCCGGUGACACCAGCCUUUUCCCUUACGAGAUAUGGUUCCACGACGAAACCAUGAGCGAUGUAAAUAGAACUGCAUUAGAAAUACAUAUUUGGCAAUGGAGACGACCCUGAAGAGAUCCACUUGCCCUGACGGCGUAUCAGAAGCUUUCUGUGUACAUCUAUUC